AUCGUGAAGCUGCAUCAUGACUCUUUAUACAGCCAGUGAGGAGCUGCGAUGAAAGAAGCUGUGCAUCUUGAGGAGAGCUGCAGAGCGCAUGCGCAGUGGCAUAGUUAGUUUCCAUAGCUCCGACCUGCUGAGUGAGUUGAUUUUUCAACUUCUGACUCACGUCCUCCGGUGACACAAAUCCAAGGGCACCGGAGCGUUUUUAUCCGGGAUUACAGGUGCCUUUUAAUUGCUUCUCUUUGAUGUUUUGCUUUUUUAAGUAUGUAAAUUUCACAUUUUUGAACCACCUGCCCGCCUCACAAACCAGUCAUGGGACAUUAAUCGAUGGUAAUCUCCGCCUGAAGCUUGACAUUUUGUGGUCGCUUUGAAUUUUCAGCAGGAAAAAUGAGCUGCUUCAGUCAGAGGUUGAGGCGCACAGCUCCAAUGCGAGGCAACAGCAGAAAUGAGCUGGUCCCCUCCAAACCUCCGAGGAUGAACGGAUGGUCAUGGCCGCCACAAGCUUUCCAGAUUGUUGGCUGGUUGGCCUACAGCUACCUCGCUAUAGUCAGCUUUGGUAUCUACAUCCCUCUUCUGCCUCUGCCGUGGAACCAUGUGGCCUACACUCUGAUGGGCAUAACGUUUAUUGUGCACUUUGUCACCCAUAUUGCUGCUGUUACUAUAGAUCCAGCAGAUGCCAGCGUGAGGGCGAAACAGAGCUAUUCCAGUCCGUUGCCUUUUUUUGAUCGGACAAAGCAGCCCCACGUUAUCCAGGAUCUGCACUGUUACCUAUGUGAUGUCAAAGUUGGCCCCAAAGUAAAACACUGUGGUGUUUGCAACAAGUGCGUGGAAGACUUUGACCAUCACUGCAAAUGGCUGAACACCUGUGUGGGUGGGAGAAACUACUGGUUCUUCUUUUUGGCGCUGUCCUCCGCUACGAUCGGCACCUUCCUGCUCAUUGUCGUGGUCUUGUUCAUAUUUAUUCAGCAUUACCUGGAUCCACACAGCCUACGGACCGCACCACAGUUUAACAGUGUGUUGGGGAACACUACCUGGCUGGUCUUUUUACCGUUAGCUCCCAUAAAAACUAGUUCCGCCGGCCUCCUUAUAUCAGCUUUUAUAACGAUCAUGCUGAGCAUCACCUGCCUGCUGCUGCUCAGUCAUCUGCUGGGCUUUCACCUUUACCUCUUCUAUAAAGGUAUAAGCACAUAUGAUUACAUAAAGAUGCAGCGACAAAAAGAAGCAAGAAAUCGAGAUAGUGAAGCUGUAAGUCCUCGCCAUCCAAAAACCCAUAACAAGACUCCACAGAGCCAAAUGGGGUCAAUUGACUGUGAGCCAGCAUUAUCACAGAGUCCAAGUUCCUGCAAGUUUGACAAUAAAGGCCCACUCAGCAGCCAACUGUCAGAGUCCAUAUGCACAGAGCUGGACAACUUUAAGAAAUCCGCUGAAAAGGAGAACAGUUUCCAUUAUGGUACAGAAAAUUCUACAGAUAACACAGCAAGAGAAAUGAGUGAUGUUAAAAGCUGGAAGCCGGUUGAUGAUGAAGAGGCUCAGAGCUCCAGUGUCAAGUCUGUUGACAGUGUUCCUGGAGUGCAGGAUCCUCUGGGCAGCUCCAUCAUGACUCCAGAUGAGACUUAGCAGGAACUGAGGUCUUCAUAGCAGUGGGUCAGAAUGUGCUGCUCUCAGGAACAACUUUUUAUGAUAUUAUAUUUCAUAAAACUUCAUGAAGGAUGUGUUUGAGACUUCUUUUUUUGUACAUUUCAAAGGACAUUUUGCACACCGCCUCAAAAACUGAAUGUGUCAUUGGAUUUUGUUCCUUUUUAUUUGUACUGUUUGUUUUUAUGACAAUUGUUGAAUUACGUAAAGCAUUGUUUUAUCUGUGUGGAGAGCCAAAGUCCAGCCGCACCGCCAGGUUAGUCUCUGCUCCACCAGCCUCCGUCAGAUGUAUUUUGGCAAGUUCCUGAUGAUUUGAUACAAUAUUGGAGUUUACUUUCUGAUUACUGCACUGACUGUAACCUUAUUGAGCAUCUUGUUGCUCAUUUUGUUGCUCGCCACCAAACAGGGAAGCUUACAUGUGAAAAUACUUUGUCUAACUGAAAACAGUGGAACAGAUACUAGCUUGAAAUAACACUUCAGCUCUCUGUUUCUGUUUUUAACAAACCACUGAACGUUUUAGCUAAAUUUCAUAGUAAAGACAAUGAAUACACCA